CGGCGGGACCGGUCCGGCCCGGGCGGAGGCCAGGAUGAUCCCGGGGCUGGGCCCAGGGCUGCAGGCACUGCUGGGGACUCUGCUCACCUGGGCCCUGACAGCAGCUGGGUCAGCGCUGGUGUUCGUGUUCUCCAGAGGGCAGAGGCGGAUCCUGGAUGGGAGCCUGGGCUUUGCUGCAGGGGUGAUGCUGGCAGCCUCCUACUGGUCCCUGCUGGCCCCUGCCAUCGAGCUGGCCCAGGAAUCCGGGACCUUUGGGGCCUUCUCCUUCUUCCCAGUGGCUGCUGGCUUUGCCCUGGGGGCAGCCUUCGUGUAUGGGGCCGACCUGCUGCUGCCAGAGCUGGGCUUCCCUGGCCCUCCCCACGCCGUCCUGGCCCUGAGCUGCGAGCAGAGAGCCCUGAAGGAGAAGCAGGAGCAGAGCCCUGGCUGGGAUUUCGGGAGCAGCAGCAGCGAGCUGGCCAUCAGGAUAGGUAGAGCUGGGCUGCAGCCAGACAAGGCUGAGAACGGGGAGCCCUACCAGCGGAGGAGGGGAGCGGGGCCCCCCCUGCCCGAGGGCCCCCCAGCAUUCCCAGCACCCCAGGACGGAGCCGCCCUGGCCAGGAGCAGCAGCUGGAGGAGGAUUUUGCUGAUGAUCCUGGCUAUCACCAUCCACAACAUCCCAGAGGGCCUGGCAGUGGGAGUUGGCUUUGGAGCUGUUGGGAAGUCCCAGUCUGCCACAUUCCAGAGUGCCAGGAACUUAGCCAUUGGGAUUGGGAUCCAGAACUUCCCAGAGGGCCUGGCUGUCAGCCUGCCCCUGCGUGGCGCUGGAUUUUCCACCUGGAAAGCUUUCUGGUAUGGGCAGCUGAGUGGGAUGGUGGAGCCCCUGGCCGGGCUCCUGGGCGCCUGGGCCGUGGUGCUGGCGGAGCCGCUGCUGCCCUACGCGCUGGGAUUCGCUGCUGGAGCCAUGGUCUACGUGGUGAUGGACGACAUCAUUCCCGAGGCACAGACCAGUGGCAACGGGAAAUUGGCAUCCUGGACGUCCAUCCUGGGCUUUGUGGUGAUGAUGUCCCUGGAUGUGGGGCUGGGCUAGGGCAGGGCUGCAUUCCCAGAGGACACAGCAGAGCCCGCGCCGCGGGAUCGGGAGCCGCGCACGCCUUGGCCCGGGACUGGAUCUGUACAUAGAACUUUGGGAUCUGGUUUGGUGUUGAUUUCCUCUGAUUUUGUAUCUCCCCCUCCCCUCUGAGCUCCUGGCGAUGGUUUCCAAGCACAAACAUGGGUGGCUCCUCCCAGAUCCUGGUUUGCUUUUCCUCUUGGAAGGGGCGGUGGAUGAUGCUGGGCUGGUUUCUCCGGGGAAAGGCAUUUGGGAUUCUGAUCCUCUCUGUUCUGCCAGAGGUUGGGAAUUCCCUGCCCCAUGUGGAGGCUGGUCUGGGGUCUUGAAAUGGAGCAAUCUCCUUAUGGAGUGUGGAAUUGCACCCUUUUUUGGGAAGGUUGAAGGCAUUGGGACUGUGAUGAGCCGUGGGAUCACAGGUCUCCCACAUCCUGCUGCUCCUCAGGAGCACUGCAGGGAAUUGGUUUGGAUGCAUGGAGAUGGUCCAGGCAAAUA